GAAUAAGGUUCCUCGCUAAUGAAAAUGUCUAGUUAGACUCUAGAUCUAGAUCUAAAACUAAUGACAAAGGUUACAUUCUUGAAAAAGAAAAUUAGUUUGGCUUAUUUAGAAUCUAAUCUAGAUAUUCCAGAACAAGUGUAUCUAGAUCUAUAUUAAAAUGAAGAUGCCAAAUAAAUAAUAGCAAUAGAUCAAAAAUGAGUUCUUAUGGAAGUUCUUCCAAUGAUUCCGACACCUUGAAUGAAAACAACUUGCCUGUGGACCUUCAGUCAAGGAAUGUUAUUGCGUCUCCAUUUUCAAUCUCACCAAUUCCCUCUGCCAAUGGCCUAAUUAAAACUAUUCCAAGUAAUAAUUACACCAAUGGUUCGCCGCAAGCUAAACCCUAUGUUGUAAUAACUGAACAGCCCCAGCAAAGGGGAUUCCGUUUUAGAUACGAGUGUGAGGGUCCCAGUCAUGGAGGACUUCAAGGUACAAAAAGUGAACGAAGUCGCAAGUCUUAUCCUUCAAUAAAAAUAGAGAACUACUCAGGUGCAGCCAGAGUCGUGGUCAGUUUAGUUACUGAUGAGAAAGUGCCAAGGCCCCAUGCACAUAAACUUGUAGGUACAAAUUGUAAAGACGGGCUGUGCACAGUGGAACUCAAGAGUUGCCUUGAUGUAGUUAGCUUCCCAAAUCUAUGUAUACUUCACGUCACAAGGAAGAAACUGAUAGAUGUUUUAACAGAAAGAAAUAUUGACACCAUUAAACUUAACAAGAAGUUGAAAGCUAACAACAUGAACUUUGAACCACAUAUAACUGAGGAAGAUAGCCGCACAGCCAAACUUCAAGCUGAUGAACAGUCCAAGACGAUGCAGCUCAAUGUAGUCAAGCUAUGUUUUCAAGUUUUUCUCAGAAACCCUGAUGGAACAUUUGAUAAAAUGUUACCCCCUGUAGUUUCACAGCCUAUCUAUGAUAGCAAAUCUCCUGGUGCAUCAGCUUUGAAAAUUUGUCGGAUGGACAAGUAUGGAGGAUGUUGUUCAGGGAAUGAAGAAGUGUUUUUAUUAUGUGAAAAAGUUCAGAAAGAUGAUAUUCAAGUUAGAUUUGUGGAACAGAAUCCAGAUGGCUCUGUCAAAUGGGAAGCUUAUGGCAACUUUGGUCCUUUGGAUGUUCACAGACAGUAUGCCAUUGUAUUCAAGACACCAGCUUACUGGAACACCAACAUAGACAAGGCAGUAAAUGUUCUUAUCAUGCUACAGAGGAAGUCUGACCAAGAAGUCAGCGAGCCCAAAGCCUUCACUUACUUUCCACAAAACAGAGAUAAAGACAACAUUGCCAGCAAGAAAAGGAAGCGUAUUCCACUGGAUGGCUAUGAGUUUGGUGACGGUGGACUAGGAGGCUCAGAUCUAGGCGGCGAUGGCGGAGGCAUGAGUAUGGGUCACUCUGGUGGAGGUGGCAUGAUGCAAGGAGGAAUGGGCAAUGGAGGAAAUGGUGGUAGCAUGAUGAUGAUGCAUAAUAAUGUUCUUCAGCAGUUGCCUAUUCCAACUUUAGUUGAAGAAGCCGUGAGAGAAGAAUAUGAGAAUAGAAAUCAAGUGCUAGACAGUCAACGGCUACGAACAGUGUUAGAACAAAGGGGAAGCAAUUCUAGUCCAAUAUCUGGUGAUCCAUGGCUAGUGACUGAAGAUUUAGAUAUUGAGGUGGAUGCUGCCAUAAUGCCAACUAGACCAAUAUUUGAGGACCAUAAAAAUCAAAAUCAACUUUCACCAAAAACAUCCAAAAAGUUUCCAGAUGCCAAUAUUUCACCUCUUAAAAUACAAGGUCAUUCAGAGAAUAAAAUACAAGAUCAUUUAGAUAGUCAGGCUGAAAAAUCUAAAUCUAUCUCUCAAAUAUCUGUGGAAUGGUUAGACUCUGGGGUCUCUAUAGAGGAGAAAAAAGUGAGCGUUAAAGAAACGAAAGAUUCUGAUGAUGGAAUUAAAGUCAGCAAAGCAUCUUCAGGCUCAGAAGACCAUUCAGAUUCUGAUGCUAAACAAGAAAUGUUUUCUGAAGGGGUGAAAAGUGACGAAGGUUUCUCUGAAACAUCAGAAGAAGCAGUAGGCAAAGGCCAGCCACAGUCUCAAAUUAAAAUGAAAUCUGGCUCGGAGAAGGUUCCUCAUUCAACAGAACUCUUCCCUAUGCAAUGUUCUCAAUUCACUGAGACUGUACGAAAGGUGACUGGGCACGUAGCCGAGAGAACCUUGGCUGCUCUUACUGAUUUUGCUGAAACUGGGGACAUAAGACAUCUCCUUCUUGUGCAGCGCCAUCUGCUGGCAGUGAGCAAUAAAAAUGGAGACCUACCCUUCCAUCUUGCUGUUAUAAAUUCACAACCUCAUGCCUUGAAGAGUUUGCUGGAUGUAAUGAGUACUCUACCAGAUGGCAAGAAUCACAUAAAUUCUCUUAACCUUUUACGUCAGACACCACUGCACUUAGCAACUGUAAUGUGUCAGGAUGAGAUGGUAGAAAUGCUGCUACAAGCUGGGGCAAACCCAACCAUUGCUGACCGUCAUGGCAACACAUGUGCCCACCUGGCUGUGCUUAACAAAUCCGAGAGCUGCCUGAAGAUAUUAGUCAAGUACCUUCGCCCUGGCCAGAGCAACCUAGACCCCUUCCCUGAACUCAACUACUUGAAUUAUGAUGGCUACUCCCCAGUCCAUUUAGCCUCACAACUGGGAAGUGUGGAGAUGUUAAAGAUACUUGUUUUUGCUAAGGCUCAGGUAGACUUGCCCGAUGGUAAAAGUGGGAAAACUGCACUGCACCAUGCUGUGGACAAUGAUGAUCUCCCAGUGGCUAGUUAUCUUUUGCUUGAAGCUAGAACUGAUGUCAAUGCAAGGUGUUUUGACGGCAAUACUGCUUUACACAUUGCAUGUGCUCGGCAGCUGGUAGGCAUGGUUGCCUUGCUGAUGACUGCUGGCGCUGACAUGGAGUGUGAAAAUGAAGAAAUUCCUGACCCUGAGACAGGUGGGGAAGAAGGGGGCAUGCUGGGAAGGAGAGGAUUGAGACCAGUUGAUUAUGCUGAUGAUAAUGAACUGAUUCUUCGUAUAUUGUAUGGAGAGUCCCAAAGUGAUAAUAUUAUGGGAGAUAUUUCUGACUCUCUGCCAUCACAUAUGUCAUUGUUAUCUUUAAAUGGGUCAUCACAUACUCUGCAAGGUUCAAGGACACCCGACUGUAGUUCUGAUACUUUGUAUAUGAUUGAUGUACAAAACAUAGGCAGCAAGACACGUUUGGAGCUCUCCAGGCUAUUAGACCCUCCUCAGUUUGAAAAAGAUGUCGUUGCCCUGGCCAAUCACCUAGGUUUUUCUAACAUGACUGCUAGACUGGAAUCACUAAGAGACAGUGGGGACAGCCCAACUACUUUCCUAUUGGACUACUUUGAAGCUUGUAAUGGAGACUUACAGAAACUUCAAGAAAGCUUGUUGGCCAUUGGCAGAGAGGAUGUGGCAAAUCUGUUGUCUACAGCUGAAUAAAUUGGAUUGUUAGAAAAUGUUUUGUUUAUCUCAAUGACAUUUAGUUUUCAUUUCAUCAUCUUGUGUUAUCUAAUAUGAAUCAGAUUUUUUCUACAACCUAACUCAAUUUUAAUUAUAAAAAUUAAUACUUUUGUUUUAAUAUUCUGGCAAUAUGGUACUAGUAAUGUAGAUCUCUUUGUUCAUCUGUACAGUGUGGCAUACCAAAGCAAAAGUUGUUACUUGUUAAGCAAUGGACAUUGUACAUGAUGUAAUUGCAUUGUGUAUUCUUAUGACUAAACUAUUCCUUGAAUAAACUCACACAGCAUAAUACAUUGUGAUAGGAGGAACAUCUGUCAUAGAGAAUUAGCUGUGAUCAAUUGUAUGUGCUGCCGAUUGAAGGGAUUCACUUAGUCAAGUGUCACUGAUGAGGAGGAGAAUAAUGUUCUCUGUGAGGACAAAAUCCUAAGCCUAUUAAAAGUGUCAUUUCAAUAAUCGGGCUGCCUUUUGAGUGUUCCACUGCUUGUUUGUUUUACCUGUUCCUUCAGAUUUGAAUAUAAUUACAUCCUAGCCCAACCUCCCUCAAGACAAUGGAGGAUGGCGACUGACAGGGUUUAAACCUGAGACCAUUGAACAACAGUCCAGAUUGCCUCACUUCAUUAGUUCACUAAUGAAAAAAAAUUUCUUUUGUUAAGAAUUGUAUUUAUACAUUUUAACAUAUGCUGUAGAGCAGUUGGCUGUAAAGGGCAUCUGAAACUUAUUGGAGAAAAAAAGAAACACUGGUUUGGGUGCCCCCUAGCUUUUCUCUCCUAGAAACUCCAUAAUGAUGAAUACCCUCCCCAAUUUUAUUAUGUUCUUUAUAUUUUGACUUUUUUUGUCUCCUCUUUCAUGGCCUGUUUUCCAAAACAAUCAAAAGUCUUUCCUUGGUGUUCAGAAAAUAUUUUGAAACAGAAGCCCUUCUAAAUGAUCUUAACAUUUGUCAUUUGUAUCUAGAGAAACUCACUUUGUGAUGAUAUAUUCAUUGUUUUAGACAUGUUGCUAGAUUUAUAGAGAGACUUAAUAAUGUACCUCAAACACAACUAUAUUUGAUUUUAAUAACUGUUUUUUAUUAUAAUGAGCUAAAAAAAAUGGAUGGAAAAUGGUUGCUGUAAAUUUUGAAUGUCAAGAAAUGUUAAUGGUCAUAAAAUAUCUAUCUAUCAUACUGCCGCAGGAUACACAUUCGAGACCAAAAGAAAAUCCGCUGCUUAGGAUAGACACAGACGCGAAAAGAAAAUCUAAAUCGACCACCUGCGGACAAUGGUUAUGCUUGCCCUGGGUGUGGCUAAAUAUGUAGGUCACAGCUGGGGCUGCGCAGCCACGGGAAAUACUGCAUUCCUCACUAAUCUUUGGACUCGAAGACAAGCCUUAUUAUUAUCAUACUGCUUCCUAUUAAAAUUUGGUUUAAUACAUACAUUAAAAAUUUCAUUUGAAUUGAUUCAUUGAGCUUUUUGCAAUUGUUUGAGUACAUUUCUUAUGAUAUAGUCAUUAACAAAAACAUUAAUUUUUAACUAUUACUUUCUUUAAAAGAGUAAAAAAAAAUAUAACAACAUGCGUUUAGAGCCUUCAUCAUUCUUUGUUAUAAAGCAAGUAAUUUCAACUAUCAGAAAAAAAAAUUAUAGCAUUUUUGUGUGAAAAAGUUUCAUUUCUCUUUCAGUAGUAUAAAUGUUUGACAUGUUCUUGAAAUAUUUUCUAAUGUCAUGAACAGAUUACAUCAUGUUCCCCUUAUUGUAACUUUUAAGCAUGCCAUGAGUUCAUUCCCUUCAUGACCUACUUAGCUUACCAUGCCACAGUACACGUUUACUAAUUGUACAGAUAUUGUACUAAUGUAAAGUUUUGAAAGUAUAUUUGGAUAUGUAAAACUUAUCUUUAAUUUGUACCUUUUUUAAAAGGUGUUACAUUUAAAUCUUUAAGUCUCUAUGUUAUGGUAGGUCUUUCACAAAUACGUGGGCCAGCAGACUUGUAUAAUCAAUUAGAGUAAAAGCAAAACUUUUAUGAAGUGUAUUCUGAGCCUUGAGUUUUUGUUGUUGUUGUUGAAUGUUUUAGUAAGACAGUGACUCAAGGACAAAACAGUUUGCUCUAUGCACUUAUCAUUUUCAGAAUGGGACAGUCGUAAACACAACACACAUUAGCACAGCUUGCUUACUGAACCGUUUUUGAAUGGAGCAAAAUAAUAUUCCAAUGUCUUUGUUGCAGUGUAAAUGUUAGGUGAUCUAAUAUAUGUUGAUGACUUAAGUCAUAAGUCAUUUCCAAAAUUGUGCACUUUUCAUUGAAACAGUGGCAUCCAAAUAAACCUUGUUUACUACCUA